UGCGCUCACUCUGCGUGUGUGUCGCACAAGCUGCUUGGGUAAGACGGCUGUGAGUGAGUAGGAUACCGAAACUCUCCAUGCUGUUCCAUUUCUUGAUAAUAUGUUAACUUUCAUUAGGACAUUUUUGGAGGAGUGGCUUUGGAGGGAUGCAUGAAAUAACCGGUCAAUUUAGCGACCUCCCUAGAUCAGCGACUUUUUUUUGGAGCUAAUGCUGCUAGCUUUCAUUGGAAAAAAGCCUGUAACAUGAGGCUGGCUUUACUCUUGCUAGCCUACUUUUAAGUGUGUGCAUGUUUAAACUGAAUGGGAUUCUUUGGUGAUGUUUUGCAGGGAGCAGCAGUUUUUCCUUCGGCUUGUCUUUGUGCAGAGGUAAUGCUGUAUUUGAAUCUCUGUGCUAAGAGCCCCCUGCACUCCUCUCUUCCCUCUGUUCCAGAGCAUGUCCUGAGACCAAAAAUACCGUAAGACAUGUUCCUACACGAUUUUGGCAGACUAUGUCUGUUUGCAUAAUUAAGAUACAGUUUGCACACAUACUUAUAGUGCUCCUUAUUAGCCUAUAUUAACUUCAAUGAAGGCUUUAAUUAAAUAUUUAGCAACAUUUUUGAUUAGAUAUAUUUGUUUUAAUCUCAAACUUGCUGAAAACCAUAAAGAAAGUCAAGACUCAAUUAGGUUUGUUUUCAUCACUCAAGGCAAUGAAAACAAAUAGAAUACACUGUAAAUAAAUGCUUGUUAGUGCUUUGGUAUGAAUUAAAUAAAACCAAACAUAUACUGCAUUUGGUAUGCAGAUUUUUGUACAGGAAGGUACCUCAUUUCAAUUACAAAAAAACAAUAUAUUCAAAGAUGCAUCAUGCAGUGGAUGCCAUCAUAAUUAUCCUGAAAGAUACAUAACGGCUAUGGGUCUCUUUAACAAAUGGCAUCAUUUAAAUCACAAGCCUAAAGUAGCAUCCGUUGGAUUGUGAAAUUAUGCAUCUGUUUUCAGUCUUUCAAAAGAGAUUAUGUGCAUGCAGAAUAUGUCGAGAGAUAUUUCAUUUCUUGGCUCUGCCUUUUUACUCUCCCAAAGGAAACCCCAACAUAUAUGAGAAACAAAAUUAUGUUUAUUUAUUAAAUAUAAUCAAUACAUAAAGAUAUACAGUAUGUUUAAAUAAUAACAUUAUGCAAACAAAUCAGUAUUCACCUCUUAUAACUGUUCAUUCACUUAUUAAAAACUAUUUUCAAUGUGGAUUUUCCCAGCAAAUAUUUUUAAUUUAAAAAGAUGUGAAAGAAACUAGCACACUUUUAAGCUUAUUUAUAAAUAUCUGUGCUGAAUCCAUGCAACAAUUUGGUUUUACAUUAUGUCAAAGUGUACUAAAUUGGGUCACUUAAUUUUGAGUAUUUUCUAUAUGCUUCUGGUGAGCGUGAUUCAUUAAGUGCCAGGAAAAAACUAUUUAUCCAACAAAUUGGACAUCUCCAUCCAGGACAGGUCCCACUGCACCUCUGUCACGUCCUGCUUGGUUGCAGGAAGCUCCACUGCUUGUAGUCGUUCUUUGGAAAACGGCCAACACCUACAGGUGCAAAUCCUUUGGUGCCUUCAUACAAAGUGAAUAAUUAGUGAAGCAUUUUCUAAACUGUCUGAUGACACAAAACAAUAGAACCUAUGAAGUAAAGUGAGCUAAAGGUUAAAAACUAACCUGUAGUGAUAAAGCAGCAAAACAGUUACAGGAAUGAGGAAAAGAAGAAGAACUCCACAGGAAACAAUUACCCAUUUACCGGAGCCUGAUGAAGGGAAUAAAUGAAACGUGUUUGUCCGACAGUAACACAAUUGAACCAGGAACUACAAAUGCUUGUUAUAGUACAGAUAAUUACCCUUUGUUAAGGAAUAACUUGUCAGUAAUACGUUAUUUUGAAUUCCCAGUAAUUAUUAUCAUUUAUUAUUCCUUAUAGUAAAUGAAUGUAUGAACAACACAAAAUGAUGUUACCACUCAUGGAGGCGUCUUUCUCAUCUGUUGAUAUGAAUUAAAAGACAAACAGUUGUUAUUGUUCACCAUAAUAAAUUUGACAGAUAAAACACUAAGCAGAAUAAGAACAAUUAUAGUCAAACGCAUUAAGCCAUUCAGCUGACCUCUGUCUGGACUCACUGAUAACCAAGCUUCUGGACUCUCCAUCUUUCUGUCCUGGGACGCACACUUGUAGAAGCCUUCAUCUUCCUGUGUCACAUUCUCUAAAGUCAUCUUUAUUACUCUGUCUGAACUGGGAGAAGUGAAGAUUUCUGCUCCGUUUCUAAAGAAGAUUGUUUUGCUGAGAUUGCCUGCCCAGUACUUACAAACCAAGACCACUUCAUCACCCUCGAAAACAGGGAAGGGAGGAGUCUUCAAGAUGAUGGCACCAUCUGUGAAAUGGGAAGAAGGAGAAACUGGAUGCCUCGCUGCAGAGGAUGUAGCUGCUGCUCACCAGACACACUGAGCGUGGCUGGCUGGCUGAGGAACUCCACAGAGGAGCUGUUGUUUUCCCAUCGCUUGGCUUGGCACUGGUAGCUGCCUGCGUCCUCCUUCUUUACCGCAGUGAUGGAGUAGCUCUCCCCUGAGACCAGAUAACCACAUCUUGCUCAUUAUCGCUCCAACCCCCGCCCACUCCUCAUCACUCUGCCCCUCCCUCCACCUCCCGUCGCUCCCACAUCAAGCCUCCCUACAUCCACAGGGUUUCUUCCAGGAAGCGUGUCGGGCAGUCGGAUGCUCUGCUGGAAUGCCUGGGAGAGAGACCAUCCUUUUUCUCCAUUUCUGAGAGAGAGAGCGAGAGAGAGAGAGGGGGAGAGAGAGAGCCAGUGGGGAGGAGAGGAGAGGAGGAGGGGUUGCAAAAGGAAAGAGGAUCAGACAUGGCUUCUAAAGAGAUCACUGCUUUUGGUUUCGUAAGUGUGAGCAAAGAUAUCUCAGAAAGCAUCAAGAAGAUUAUCGAUAAAUCAUCCAUCAAGUUUAUUUAUGGAAUCAAGCUUGAUGCCAAAAAUGGAAAAACAGAGGACAGGAUACUGGUCCUCACAACAUGGCGUCUUUAUUUCCUGGCACCGAAGAUUCCCGCUAAGGUGGAAUCCACAUUUAACUUCUUGGAGAUUCGAGCUUUGAAUUCCCACCCUGAUCACCAGGUUAUCAUCGACACUGACAAGACCAGCUACUCCUUGAGGUUUGAGUCACGCGACCACCUCAAUCAUGUGGUCAGCCAUAUUAAUUACGCUCUGUCUCGAAUAUUCAACAACUCCAUUUUUGCCCCUUCCAUAUGUCAUUCAGACAGUGACCUUUCUGAGGGCAGCAGGAAGUAUUCUCCCAGCUCCGAGACUUCAGUGGAAACCCAGAGGGCAUGUGGAGGCUUCUCGGAGACAUACGCCGCUCUGUGCGACUAUAAUGGCAUCAGCUGCAAGGAGGAAGUGCAGUGGGAUGUGGACACCAUCUAUCACUCCCAGGACAGCCGAGAGUUCAAUCUGCUGGACUUCAGCCACCUGGAGAGCAGGGAUUUGGCGGUUAUUGUUGCAUCAAUGGCAUACAACACCUGGUUCACUAAACUGUACUGCAAAGACCUGCGGAUAGGAUCAGAGGUGACUGAGCAGGUCCUGCACACGGUCAGCAAAUCAUCCAGCCUGGAGGAGAUCACUCUGGAGAAUGCAGGGUUGAAAUCAGACUUUCCACAGAAGAUGUCAGCUGCACUUUCAGAGAACCCUUCCUCUGUCAUCCACUCCCUCAACUUGGCCCACAACUCACUGGACAACCAAGGAGUGUCCAACUUAAUCCAGCAGGUGUGUCGCCUCAGCAAGGGUCUUCGUCUCCUCAACCUCUCCAAGACUUCCCUCACCUCCAAAGGAGUAGUUUCCCUCUCUCAGGCUCUGUGCUCCAGUGAUGAGUACUCUAACUCUCUCCUACACCUGGACCUGAGCAAGAACCCCGGGGUACUCUCGGGGGAAGAUUCCUCGAACUUUUAUCUGUUCUUGUCUCAGCCCAACUGCCUGGUCCAUUUGGAUCUGUCAGGCACAGAUUGCUCUGUGGACUCGCUAUUUGGGGCUCUUCUGAGGGGGUGUUGCGCUGAUCUUUCCUUUCUGAAUCUUUCCAAAAAUUCCUUCUCCCACAGGAAAGUGAAGGACACGCUGCCGAUGUUUCGUCAGUUCUUCAGCUCGGCCUUCAGCCUCACUUAUGUCAGCCUGGCCUCUAUGAAGCUGCCCCCUGAUGUUCUGAGAGCUCUCCUAACAGGGUUAACAUCCAAUCCUCAUAUCAAUGACCUUCAUCUCGACAUCAGUGGCUGUGAGCUAAGGUCUGCAGGAGCUGCUGUUAUCCAGGAGCUGUUCCCCAGGGUUUCCUCUAUCGGCACUCUGGAUAUCUCUGACAACGGUCUCGAUGCAGACUUGCUCACAGUACUGCCGGCCCUCUCCAGACACCCCUCCCUCAAACACCUUCACCUGGGCAAGAACUUCAACAUCAAAAACAGGGUUCUAGAUGAAGUCCUGCAGAAGCUGGUGCAACUCAUACAGGAGGAAGAAUGUGCCCUGCUGUCUCUGUCCUUAAUCGACUCACGCCUGCGCUCUCGGGGGACCGUGCUGGUCAACGCCCUGGGCAGCAACACCUGCCUGAAAAAAGUGGACCUGAGCGGGAACCACAUGGACGACAUCGGAGCCAAGAUGCUGAGCAAAGCCCUGCAAAUCAAUACUACACUCAGGAGUGUGACAUGGGAUCGCAACAACACCUCCGCAGCAGGAUUUCUAGAUGUUGCCCGAGCACUUGAACAUAACUUUAUCCUGCAGUACAUGCCUCUACCCCUAAGUGACAUCAGCCAGGCAUACCGCAGCGCCCCCGAGAGGACAGAGCAGGCACUGACCAAGAUCCAGCGCUCUCUUGUGAGGAACAACCAGACUCAGCGCUUCUCUCAGAGGCAGGCUCUGCGGCUGCACCAAGGCCUGGUCACUAGCACUUCCGAACAGGUGAUGGAGCGCCUCUGCGUGCGUGUCCAGCAGCAGGUGUGUGUGUUACGAGGUGUCGGAGAGAUGGAGGAGAUUCAAGCUGCUAAACAAGUGUUAAAAGAGGCCAGGAACUCCCGUGCUCUAUACCCUUCACUGUGUGAGCUGGCUCAUGUGCUGUCUGUGGACGGGCCAGUGCGGCAGAGACUGGACUCUCUGGCUGGAGAACUGGCCAAAGCUGCAGACAAGGAACUGCAGGUGAUCGUGGACUCCAUGGUGUCCCUUUGUCGUGAGCUCUGCCCUAUAUCUUCUUCCGCGGCAGAGAGGCUGAGUCCUCCACUAUCAUCUGUCUCCGAGCGCGUGUCCAUCCCUCGCUCUGCCAUCCGGACAGCUCUGAUGGAAAGAGCGGCGCAGGACAUCCACCGUGCCUUAGAGGAAGUGAAGCUGUCUGUGGUUUCUUAUCUCACAAACUCCAUCGUUGACCAGAUCCUGCAGGAGCUCUACGCUACCCAUAAGACCCUGAAUCGGCAAAUGUCUCAUUUUAAACGCUGGGACGGGACAUGUGAGGAUGGGACGGGCUGGAGGUUCAACAGACACAGAGACUCUCUGGACAUCACAGAUGAGGAGUUCAGCACCAGCAUAGAUACAAUAGCCAUUAAGAAGCGCAGCUCGAGAACAAGACGAAUCCGACCUGUCUCCACCAGGCUGAGCCUCUGUGACGACUCCAGCUCCUCUCCACCCCCAUCUGUGCCAUCAUACUCCUCCCCGCUAUCCCGCUCGGCAUCCUGGGAGGGCUUGUCAGAGCUGCCUACACAGGGUCUGCCACUCCACCAUGUGACACGGGUUAGACCGAGGCCUCCGCGGAGACACAAAGGAGGGCACAUCCCUGCUGAUACUCACUGCAGUGAAAAUGGAGGAAUAAGCCCCCUUGAUGACGGGCUCCCAGAUUUCUAUACCAAAAGGGUGCUCCCUGACAGUCAGCUGUCCUCUCUGCACAAAGCGCACUCGCUGAGGAGGAAAAAGAGGAGAAAUAUGCUGGCCAUCUUCGGUUUUCGCAAGAACCGCAACCAAACUUUGUCCAAUCCGGGGCCGGAGUCUGAAGCAGAGGUUUAUUCAGACGGGUGUCACUUUGUGGCCACAGCACCCACAGGGACGGCCACUGAGAAUGUAUACACACUCCUCCAGCCUCCGAGGUCCUCUGCUAGAGCUGGAUCUCCCGGUGAAGGGGCUGAUGUGAAACCAAGUGAUCACCAGGGGAAAAAUGCUCUAGUUUUAAGUCCGCCAGCAGUGCCGGGCAUCCCUCACCCGGGCAUGGGAGGUAGCAAACACCCCUUCUUUUCUCCCAGAGAGAAAUCUGAAGUGGAUGCUGUGUUUGAACAUCCAUCAGAGUCAGAAAAGUACUGGAUGGAGGACAAACACAGGGCGACAGAUACACUGCACGCAGACAAGCCGUGGGUAGAGGCCAGGCAAGGAGACCAACCAGCAGAGAAACAUGCAGAAAGACAGCGGUUUGAUAGCAGGCCACAAGACCGAACACCCGGAGAGCCGAGGACAAUAGACCGACAAACAGACAGGUACUGGACCGAGAGCAGACACAUGGACAGACAAUGGACUGUUGACAGACACACCCAGCGGCAGAUUGACAGAAAGAUAGAGAGGCAGUGGAUGGGCGGAAGACAGAUAGACCGAUUGUGGUCAGAGAACCGGCCAACAGACUUACAGAUGGAUAACCAGGGGACUGAGAGCAGACAAGGAAGCAAAAAGACAGAGAGACAAGUGCAGACACUUCAUUUGGCUCAAAGGCCGCUGCCUCCGUACCCGUCAGACAGGACGCCUUCGCCAAAACAAGAUAAGGAUCCUCUGAAAAGCUCAGAGGCAGCAGCUCCAGACUGGCAUCAACAGGACAUGCAGGGAGAUAGACAGAUGUGUCCCGACACUGGUGGAGGGCUCACAGAGGGAUGGAGGAGCAGCGGAGGAGGAAGUCGAGCUGCUUCCUGUUUAUCUAAACCCGAUCCCCCGCCACAGAGCAGCAAACCUAUACUGUCCAAACUGAGACCCAGACACCGCCUCGAGAGCGCAGACACUCUACCAGAGGAGGAAAGCGAUGUAGAGAAGGAGUAUGGAAAGAUGGAAAAGAAUGAGAGACAAAAGAGAAGAGACUCGGAGGGUCACCCACCUCCGAUCCCAGAAAAGCCAAAGACGUCGUCGUAUGUAACAUUUCCAAAAGACUCAGCCAAUGAGAGGAACUUACCUCCUCCUCCUGUCCCACCUCCUACUCACAAGCCUCUGCACGGGUUACCAGACCGAGCUGCAAGUCAAGGUGAUGAAGGAUUAAGACCUCAGGCACCAGCGAAACCACAGAGAAACAGAAAGGCCAUGUCUUGUGACGCAGGCACUGACAGGGAAAGCCCUAAUAACGUUGAGAAGCCCCCAAAUCGCAAACCCCCUGUGAAAAAACCUAGACUACCCCAAAACAGAAAUAAGUCACUGGACAUGUCUGACGGCUUCGACUCAGCCUCGGGUCACAGCGAGCUCUUGUGAUUCCCGGAAAAUUCACCCGCCGCUGUCUGGCCAAAGUGUUGUCAUGACAACUAUGGAGCAUUUAAUCCAACGAGGAAACAAAGGACACGAAGAAGGGGAGGGCCAGGGAGAAAAAUGUGUGACAGACAUCAUAAAGCAUCAGCCCCUGUUGAAACACUUCCCUCUUCACUCUGCGUCUCGGUUUUCCUCUCACAUUAAAACUCUUUUUGUGGCUUCAGUAUUUGAACAGUGUUUGCUACUUUAGAAUAACCCAAAUGAUCAUUGUCUUUUGUGUUGGUGGACUGUUGGCCGAGUGUUGGAGAAUAUAGUGGCUUUACCAAACAGAAAAUAAAAAAAUGUCUUUGUUAGAAUGUGAUUUCUUAAAUCUGCAAUGCAUUUUUGACUGCUGAUACAGUGGAUUGCCUUGGUUGACACUUGAAAAAAAAACAAGUUGCUUCUUAUCAGAUGAAACUUGAUGAUUUAUAUCUAGUUUUGCUUUCAGGAACUGAAAGUUAAUAUAUUUUAUAGAGAAAAAAAGUAUUAUGUAUGAGCACCCUCACUGUAUGAAUUAAAAAUGUAUGGAAAAACCAA